AAGGGUUAUUGGGAGGACAGGCUGCCCUGGCUCUGUUUUCCCUGUCGUGUUGUCGCCGGCCAGGAAGGAGGGACAUGUAUAGCGUGUCGCAGAGGGAGGAUCGUGGCCGAGAGCUGAGGCCCCUGUAGCGAUGGGCGUUUGGGCCUGCAGGCAGUGCAGGAGGCGCUCCGAAGGGGGUCUUCUCUGGCAGCCGGCUGGGAGCGGGAGGCCCGAGCCCCGAGCAUUGGCGGCCGUGCAAGUUCCAGGGGACUGAGGCGAGGCGGUAUGGAGGAACUCGACGGCGAGCCGACCGUCACUUUGAUUCCAGGAGUGAAUUCAAAGAAGCAAAUGUGUUUUGACUGGGGUCCAGGGGAGAUGCUGGUGUGUGAAACCUCCUUCAACAAAAAAGAAAAAUCAGAGACCGAGCCAGGCUGCCCCUUUAUCUAUAUCAUCCGAAAGGAUAUAGAUGUUUACUCUCAGAUCUUGAGAAAACUCUUCAAUGAAUCCCAUGGAAUCUUUGUGGGCCUCCAGAGAAUUGAAGAAGAGUUGACUGGAAAAUCCAGAAAAGCUCAAUUGGUCCGAGUGAGUAAGAACUACCGAUCAGUCAUAAGGGCAUGUAUGGAGGAAAUGCACCAGGUUGCAAUUGCUGCUAAAGAUCCAGCCAGUGGUCGCCAGUUCAGCAGCCAGGUCUCCAUUUUGUCAGCAAUGGAGCUCAUUUGGAACCUUUGUGAGAUUCUUUUUAUUGAAGUAGCCCCAGCCGGCCCUCUCCUUCUUCACCUCCUUGACUGGGUCCGACUGCAUGUGUGUGAAGUGGACAGUUUGUUGGCAGAUGUCCUGGGCAGUGAGAAUCCAAGCAAACAUGAGAGCUUCUGGAAGUUGGUAAGCAUCUCCUGCAGGCCGGGCCUUCCUGCCUUCUACCUCAUGGUGUUCAAGGCUCUCUGGCUGCCCUACAAAGGAUGGAGCAAGGGUGGAAGCAGAGACCAGUCUGGAGGCUAUGGUACUAAACCAGGCAAAGAUGGUGGUGACUUGGACAAGGAUGGCAUUGCUCUAAGCAACUGGUGGUUUGUGGCCCAUCUGACAGACCUGCUGGAUCACUGCAAGCUCCUCCAGUCGCACAACCUCUACUUCGGAUCUAACAUGAGAGAGUUCCUCCUGUUGGAAUAUGCCUCGGGACUGUUUGCUCAUCACAGCCUGUGGCAGCUGGGAGUGGAUUACUUUGACUACUGCCCUGAGCUGGGCCGAGUUUCCUUGGAGCUGCACAUUGAGCGGAUCCCCCUGAGCACUGAGCAGAAAGCCCUUAAAGUGCUGCGGAUUUGUGAGCAGCGGCAGAUGACUGAGCAAGUUCGCAGCAUUUGUAAGAUCUUAGCCAUGAAAGCUGUCCGCAACAAUCGCCUGGGCUCUGCGCUGUCUUGGAGCAUCCGAGCCAAAGAUGCUGCCUUUGCCACGCUGGUGUCAGACAGGUUCCUCAAGGAUUACUGUGAGCGAGGCUCCUUUUCUGAUCUGGAUCUCAUUGACAACCUAGGGCCAGCCAUGAUGCUCAGUGAUCGACUGACCUUCUUGGGUGAGUCUCUGGGCUCUCAGCCCCAGACCUUUGGCAUAGUGAGAUCUAGAUCGUUGGCUGCCACUUUGAGGGUUGACCAUCCUGUGUAUCCACUCAUUGCUCUAAGCAACUGGUGGUUUGUGGCCCAUCUGACAGACCUGCUGGAUCACUGCAAGCUCCUCCAGUCGCACAACCUCUACUUCGGAUCUAACAUGAGAGAGUUCCUCCUGUUGGAAUAUGCCUCGGGACUGUUUGCUCAUCACAGCCUGUGGCAGCUGGGAGUGGAUUACUUUGACUACUGCCCUGAGCUGGGCCGAGUUUCCUUGGAGCUGCACAUUGAGCGGAUCCCCCUGAGCACUGAGCAGAAAGCCCUUAAAGUGCUGCGGAUUUGUGAGCAGCGGCAGAUGACUGAGCAAGUUCGCAGCAUUUGUAAGAUCUUAGCCAUGAAAGCUGUCCGCAACAAUCGCCUGGGCUCUGCGCUGUCUUGGAGCAUCCGAGCCAAAGAUGCUGCCUUUGCCACGCUGGUGUCAGACAGGUUCCUCAAGGAUUACUGUGAGCGAGGCUCCUUUUCUGAUCUGGAUCUCAUUGACAACCUAGGGCCAGCCAUGAUGCUCAGUGAUCGACUGACCUUCUUGGGAAAAUACCGCGAGUUCCACCGAUUUUACGGGGAGAAGCGUCUUACUGAUGCAGCUUCUCUUCUCCUGUCACUGAUGACUUCCCAGAUUGCCCCGCGGUCUUUCUGGGUAAUACUACUAAUAGACGCCCUGCCCCUUCUGGAAGAGAAAGAGGUGGUUUUUUCAGCAGAGCAAACAUAUGAGUUGAUGAGAUGUCUAGAGGACUUCGCCUCAAGAAGGCCAUUGUGGAGAGAGCCUGGCGUUCAGCGACUCCAGGAGGAUGUUGAGAACACCAAGUUGGAAAUGCUGAGACUUGCUCUUGCACGAAAUCUUGGCCGGGCCAUUAUAAAAGAAGGCUCAUUGGAAGGCUCCUGAGACCAGCCGAGAGCUGCUUCAAGGUGGCACCUUUGUAUGGCAAUGUUUAUAUAUUUCUGAAAAUAAACUUUUCCCCCCAAAAUAGAA